CUUUGAGGUUAGGAUUUCAAAUCCGACAGUUGAAAAAAGCAGAAUUGUAAACUGAAUUCGUAAGAAUUCCUAAAAGAAAAUGAGCAAGCUUGAGCUUGUUAAAUGGCUUAAAGAAAUGGGAUACGAUGGAGAUAUACCAGAGAAUCUCGACAGUGUUUGUAAUCCGGCUACAUUUUUCAUCUGGAAGCAGGUUAUUCAAAAUGCAAUCAAUAAAAAUACUGUGAUUAAUAUGAGGAAUAACAUAAUUAUAAAAAGGCUUCAGAAUAAAACACUCGAUCAACAGGAUGAAUAUAACUACCCAAUCCUAGAAAUAAGUGCAUAUAAAAAGAGACAAGAUAUUGAAAGAAAUAUAACAAUAUUAACAGCACAAAUUCAAAAUAAGGAACAUCAAAUAGAUGCAUUAAGUAUGGAAAAUAAAAUAAAAUAUGUAACUAUUGAAAAUCUAAACGCUAAAACAAAAGAAAAUACAGAAAAAGCAUAUUUAUUUCAAAUGAGAGUUAAAGAUUUAGAAAAAAAUAUCAGUGAAACAGAGGAAAACUUAUCUUCUGCAAAAAGCAUAACACCUACAGAGGUUAAUGAUAAUUUACAUGCAAAUGAAAUUACUGAAUUGCUGCAAAAAUGUGCUACUAAAUUAGAAAAACACUUACGAGAAAUACCCUUAGAAGAAAAGAGUGUUAUAAUGCCACCCAAAUCAACAAUUAAGAAAAACCAUUUAAAAACGCCUGGAUUUAAUUCAUUUGAAACAUUUUUAUGUAAAAGCGAACGAAAAUUUACAGAAAAUAAAGUAACAAUCAUAAAAAGAAAUGUGCCCUAUGACAAUGAGGAUAAAACAAUAAAAAAAGUUAACAAGGCAUUAUUUACAGAUUCAUUUAGUGAAAUUAAAGAAAAUAUUCCAAUUUUGAAAGUAAAUGAUUUCGAUUUGGUUGAAAGAACACCAGAAAAAAACGUUAGAGGAAAAAGAGAAUCCCUAGGGAUUUUACCCGAUGAUUUUCUUAAUUUUAGUGAUGAUUUGAAUGAUACCAUAGCACCUCUAUCAAUUAUAAUGGAGCAAUCUCAUUUAUCCAAACAACUUUCUGAUCGUUCACAUUUUGUUAGUAAAAUCAAGUCUAAUGAUGGUAAAAAUGAAAAUAAAAUAAGCAUAAAUCAGUCUGGUUAUUCAGUAGCAAAAAAUGAUUUAUUAUUAAAGAAUAUUAUAAAUAACUAUGAAGUAGCAAAUUCUUUAAAGGAAGGCUUGCAUAAAUAUGAUAGGAGGUUAUUGUGGAGUAUUUUUUGUAACCUAAAUGAGAAUCUUAUUACUGAAUUACAAAAAUGUAUAAUAAGUUGCAAUGAUUAUAAAAGAAAUACUAUAAAUAAUAGGAUUGAUAUGGCACAAUUAUAUUUUAUACAUGUUUACAUUGGGAUACACACAGAUAAAGUCAAAAAAUCUAUAAAUGAAAUCAGUAAAAAUAUUAAAAAUGAAAGACGAAAAAUUAAUGAGCAUCUCAGUUCAAAAAGAGUUGCUUUGGAAAAAAACUAUGAACUGAAUAGAGUUCUAGACUUGGAAAUUAAAAAUGUAGGUUUAGAUGCAACCUUAUCAACAAUGAAACAAGAACUAAAUAAAUCCAAACAUAUUGUGUACAGUAGUUUGCUGCAGAGUAUUGAUAAAAUAUCAGAUUUAAACAAUAUUUUUAAUAUAGAACCUAAACAAAUUGGAUUGGAUUCUGAAACAACCAAGAAUAGUUUGACCACAACAAAUAAUGAGUACAAUUACGAAAUACUAAUCGUAAAUAAAAAAAUAUUGUCUGUUAAUGAACAUAUUAUGACAAAACUAAAUGGAAUACAAGAUUUCUUGGGACAUAUUGAUAAAGUGUUUAAUAACAUUAAAGAUAUUAAAGAAAAUACAAACACAAAUGUACACAAACUAAGCAACUUUAUUGUGGACAUGUCCUGGGCUGAAACAUUGUCUAUGAACCUUAUUUCUGAAGAAGUAAACGCCUUUGAAAAAUUUCCUUUGGCUUAUAACAAACAAUUUAAAUACAUGUACAAACUAAAUGGCACAGCUAAUUUCAGAGACAUUUCUUAUCAGAAUAUUCCAAGCCACAUUUCACUAAAUUCUGAUGUUCUAUAUAUCGUUUCAAAUAUUUUAGAAACCCCAUAUAGCCCACCUGAAACUAUUUUAGUAAAUAUUUUGAAAUCAAAACUUAAAUUGCAAGCUCUAAAGUCUAUUAACACUGAAAACCAUUUCCCAAAAUACACUGAAUAUUCCAAGAAUGAUUUAAAACAUCAAGAUUCUGAAAAUGAAGCUGCUUUACUUAGCAAAUUAAAUCAUUUAUGUAAUUCAUCAAGAAUAAUCAAAAUAAAUUCUGCAUAUGCAACGAUACAGCAGAUCAUUGAAAUAUGGACUAAAAUGCCAUUAAAGAACUUUAUCCUACCUUCUACCCUUGUUGAUGGAAAAAAAUACAAAUAUUAUGAACAAAAAUUUAUAAACUCUCUUGCUGUUUAAUAUUUAUUACUGUGAUACAUUAAUUAAACUAAUUAAAAAUAUACAGGUAUGUUUUAUUUAUUUGUCCUAAUAGUAAAGUCAAUCUGUAGGAAAUAAGAGAUUACAUCGAAAAAAUUCCGAAAGGGCUGGAUUUUGGUGGUCUGAUGGGUAAAAUGUCAAACUCCUGCGCUCCCACCUCCAUUGUUUCCUCCCCUUUUUAAAGUUUUGAAUCUUUAAAGGAAAAACUUUUUGUAUUUAGUUCUUAAAAAGAUAGAGGGCGCCGCCAAAGUUAACAA